AGGGAUCGGCGCUUCGCCUGCGCACGCACCACGCAUGCGCGCGCCUCGCCUCGCUUCACGCGACAGCAAGAGAGAGAGAGAGAGAGAGAGAGAGCGCGAGCUGGCGUGCGGGCAGAGGCGGGUAAAAGGUUCAGGGGAAGAAGGACGUUGCUUGGAUACAGAGUGAAGGUUGUCUUCAAAGUUUGACCAGUCCGUGGCUCUUAUAGCUCUUCCGUUGCUCUUUCUCAUUAAGAAGGGCACAUGCUUCGUGGUAUAUCUUUAAAUCUGGAACUCCGAAUCCUCCUUGUAUUUUUGGUAUCGAAUUGUCUAUGUACACUACCACCCCUCUUUUCUUUACCACAUCUGCUGCAAUGAAUUAUUUCCCAAGGAAUUACAAUGAGUAAACGUAAAUUGAAGGAGGAUAACUUCACAAAUGGUGAAUGUAUUUCAAAGGUACAAAGAAUAUUGCGUGAAAGAUUUUGUCAUCCGAGUCCAAAUGAAAAAUUGUUUGGAAUUGAGUCUCAGUACAAGCAAUUACUUGAGUUGUUAAAACGAACAGCUAUUCAUGGUGAAAGCAACUCUGUGCUCAUCAUUGGACCCCGAGGCUCAGGAAAGACUCUGUUAACAUGCCAUGUCUUAAACAAACUCAUGGAAAUAAAACAAGUCAAGGACAACACUUUGUAUGUUCAUUUAAAUGGUUUAUUACAGACCAAUGAUAAAAUUGCUCUUAAGGAGAUUACAAGACAGCUGAAUCUGGAAAAUGUGGUUGGAGAUAAAGUUUUUGGUAGUUUUGCAGAAAAUCUCACAUUUCUUCUAGAAGCAUUAAAAAGAGGUGACCGUGCCCACAGUUGUCCAGUGCUGUUUGUCUUAGAUGAAUUUGAUCUAUUCGUUCAUCAUAGAAACCAAACCCUGCUUUAUAAUCUUUUUGAUGUAUCGCAGUCAGCACAGACUCCUAUAGCUGUCAUUGGUCUUACUUGUAGAUUGGAUAUUCUAGAACUCUUGGAGAAGAGAGUAAAGUCAAGAUUUUCUCACAGGCAAAUACACUUAGUGAAUUCUUUUGAUUUCAAAAAAUAUCUGAAUAUUUGUAAAGAACAGCUAUCCCUUCCUUCAGAGUUUCCAGAAAAACAAUUUUAUCAAAAAUGGAACAAGAAUAUAGAGUCUGCCCUAGAAGACCCAACUGUACAAAAUGUACUGCAAAAUCAGUUCCAUUACAGUAAAGAUCUGCGGAGUCUCUCCAUAUUGUUGAUGCUCACUUUAAAUAAUAUAACCGUAUCUCAUCCAUAUAUGAAUGCAUCAGACUUUCUGGAGGCAAGCAGACUUUGUAGAAUGAACUCCAAGGCAAACAUUGUACAUGAAGCGAACAUACUGCAAGCCGCUUCUGGUGUGAGAGAAUCAGCCGUCUGCAAGGACGUUGCCCAGGGAGUGCCCAGAUGUGUUACCAUCCUGCUGGGAGGCUUCGCUCAUGUCCCCACAAGGGAAGCCAGGGCUGACAGACCGAAGCUCACCCCAUCUCGCAGAUUCAAACCACUGACCUUCAGAUCAGCAGUUCAGCCGGCACAACUCAUUGCACCACUGUGGCUCCUCUUUUUUUUGGUGCUGAACAAACUGAGAAGUCGGGGGAGUAGUGUUGGGAUCGCCUGGACAGUAGGUCAAAGCAAUACCACACAUCCCCAGCCUCCCCAGGCGGAAAACACCAUAGCCCCUGAGAACAAUCCUUGAGUCUAGAGUUACUUCGAGAUCAGCAUCAAAGGCGAACCAGACAGAGGGAAUAAGCCCUCAAGACACACAGCCCCUUCUAAGACCCUGAGUCCUGCUGCUUUGCAGUAAAAGGGUUUUAUGUUGACAUAAGUUCUGCUUUAUGGAUAGGGGAGAGUAGCAGAAGAGGAUCAGAAAAACUCCUGUUUGUGUCCCAAUCAGUACAGGAUAAAUUACCUUUCAUGGCACAGUUCUGUUGUGGCAGAAGACAUUUUUAAUGCGUUGCUCAAGUGUUUUAUUCUGCCACAGAUAAUUUCCAAAACUUUUGUGAAGGAACCAGUUGUGCAUUUGUGCAACCUCUGAGACCACCAGAAACAGCAUGUUUUAAAUAUUCUGGAAAUUUGAUGCUAAUAGAAUCUACAAAUAUUAAAAGGGUGUGACUUUCUACUAAUUAAGGAAUAUUACCAAUACAUUGUGCUUGAAAAAGCUUUCAAUACAUGCUUCCUCUUAGGCCCUUAUGCAUUGUAGAGUCUUGAGCAUUGUGGUGAUCUUCUUGUAUGUUACAGUUUUGCUACCAAAAAUUAUUGCUUUCUUGCAGCAAUAACUUAAAUCUUUUCCCUGUUCUCUCUUGUACUUUAACUGUCAGCAAACAUACAGUUUAAUAAAUUGUCCAUUUCUCUCAUGCUCUGUAUUACAGCACAGUGGUCUUUUUGUCCAGUUGUGUUUACUUUCUGUGUGUCUUAGUGUUCUUG